AAUUCAGUUUAGAUUUGUUUAUUUGUUUUGUAUCAUUUGUGAUCUGUUUACGUUUUAGAUUGUGAACGGAUCCGCACAAGUUUUAGUUUUAUAUCUUUUCGUUUUAUAUAACUUCUAUGACAUACACUUAGCAGUUAGAGCAGAAAGGUUUCAAUGGAUUCAUAUGCAAUAAACGACGACACCAGUUUUUGUGAGGCCAUUCAGCCUAUUGACGUUUCCAUCGCGCGGAUCUUCGAGUCACAUGUCCGAAACUGCAAAACCUGUUUCUUAUAUUGCGAGCACCCCUGAAAGAGGUCCUGUUGGCUAUUAGCUUCGUUUUUACUGCAUGAAAGCGAAGUGUCACCUUCUGUCGUUGUGGCUUUUGGACAAUUUGCCAUUAAUGAUAAUGCCGUUUGUGUACUCGUGACGGUUACUCGACCAGUUUCAAAAGUAUUUUCGCGUCUAUAACCAAGAAGACCUGUUUCAAGAUGAUGAAUAUCGGGCAAAUUCGAGAAAUGGCAAGAAAGAUAUCUAACGCAAAAACAUCCCGCCAGGAUUCAGAGCUGCUGCAUCCCACGUAUGUGUCAACAGCUCGUGCUUCUUUGGAAAAGCCAGUGACGGCUGCGCUUUUGCCUGUUGGUAAUUCUCCCGGCAGUGCGGAUUUCAAUAAAACCGUGGAUAAUCCCACCGGCUCUUUUGACGGCGACAACGCUAUCCAUGUUAAUCCACCCCGUGCUCGGGGCAGCGACAAGCCUGAUUUAUCCAGUCCGUUGUUUCUGGAUUUACUGCAAGCCGAGGAAGUCGUAACCGACGAAGGAGGGAACCAUGAGUUGUCCUUCGCCGAUAUUCUUUUGUUUCAUUCAGUUUAUUCCCGAAUUCUAAAAAGUUUGCCCAUGACGAGCCUCCUUUCUCUGGCCUGCACUUGCCGCGACUUUCGCGUGCUCAUUAGAAACGAACGUUGUCGCUCGCGACGACAUCGUUUUGAAUGGAUUUACCGAAAAGAAUUUAUUCGCCAUUUAAAUAUGUCAUAUGCAUCUUGCACUAUGACGAAAUACGACAAUGCUUUUUCGCGGCUGAUCCGGGAGUUAUACUGCUUUCCGGAACACAUAUUGGUUUUUUAUUCGCCGGAUAUAUUUCAGUAUGGUAUUCGGGUAAUCGACGGCGCUCAUUCGGGUACGGUGAAAUCGGACGUUUUGCUAGACAAUCUUCUGAAACAACAAAAUGAUUCCGAUUGGCGCGUGUGGCACUUCCGUGUGUUUUCCGUUAUACAGCCUAUAACUUCGACGGCGUUUUCGUCCCAUAUGACAGCUCAUGAGCUAAAACGUUUUCCCCUAUGGCAUAGCGAAGAUUUGGUGAUGGUGUUUUUGCCGACAUUGGAAAACGUCAGAAUUCGCCAUCACCCGUUAAACUUUAACAUGCUCCUUAAUGUACCUGAAUUUGAACGAAACGAGAUUCGCAGCAGUCUUUUUCAAUAUUUGUUUGUCAUCGGUCAACGAUUUCGACCGAAGCUUGUUAUUUUGUCCAUUAGAGAUUUGCCGCGGAAUGUGGAAAAUGAGCUCGUUGAUUUUCCUGUGAUUGUUAUUGCCUCCCGGUUGUUUGACAGCCAUGGACCUGAAGGCUGGAUGUCAUUUUCGGGAGACGGUGUGACUGUCUUUCAGGUCAUUCUGGAAGUAUCCGAUAAGCGAGAAGAACGGGAUCAGAAAAUUCGUGCAUUACAUGCACAAUUGGGCUGGAAUUUUCCAUUGGAAUUCCGUUCUAGGACAUGCUGGAUUUUCUAUUUUACGGAGCUUUGGCCCGGUGGAACCAGCAAGGAAAUCCCACAGCGCGAUAUUGUUACACUGCGCGAAGUAUUUCCUAAUGUGCCAAUUUUCGGCGGACGAACAGGAAAUCUGAUGGGCAAUCAGCAGUUGCCCAUAUUAGCUUCCUUCCCAGGAUCCGAUGCCCGGUCACUACGCCUGCGAUCGAACCCAACCAUUGUGACCGUGGUUGCCUUUUCGGACUCUUAAAGUGAUUUUUAACGUUGAUCUGACUGAAUUUGAAAGAUAAUGAUUAGCAAAAAAUGAAAAAUACUUGUUUUUAUUGUGAUUUGUAGAUUUACCAUUAGAUAGGGAUAAGGCAUUCCAAAAUUCUUUUCUUGGAAAUGAAACUAAUUGUAACUAAUGAAACUGUGUGAUCAAUUUUAAUAUUAAUUUUAAAUUGUUUUACAAGUGGAAGCCUUUUACAGGGCAUAGAUUAUUAUCUUUGUGAGAGCUGGUUUUUAUUUUUUUACAUUUUGUACAGUUUGGUAACUAUGCUUGUUCAACGUUCAUCAGACUUUUUCGUGGUGUGUUCACGUCAGAUCUGACUUGUUCAAAAUGGAGUUCGGUAGUGUAUUCCUUGGCUAGAAAUCGUGGCAGCUGCGUUUUUCUGAUGGCGUGUUUGUUCUGUGUUAAUUUUCACCUGCUAUCCAUAUAUUUUUACAUAUUACAGCACACAAAAGUUGACCCAGUAUAUUUUCAUUCACUUAAUUAGAGAAUUAGCGACUCAAGUUUAUACUGUGUUUAAAAAACCGGAUAUUAUCAAGUGUUGAGUAGUACUGCUGGAGGCGCAUUAAUA